AUCAUCGUACUGGAAAAAAGAGGCCCUCCCACCUUCGACGCUAAUUCCCGUGCUGGGCUUGGUGCACUGCAUUGUGGAUUGGGACAUACGCAUACCUCUGGAUUUCUUACAACACUUGGUGUACCAUCAAUUUCCUCAAGCAAUUUCAAAAAGCGGGAAAGAGAAAGUGGAAAAGCAGUAGAAGAAGUGGCUAAAGAUUCUUGUAAUCAGUUUAAUGAGGAAGAAAAGCGGUUGUCCACGACUGGAAAUGAGGAAGUAGUAAAACUCGGAGUGUCGUACGAUAUGGGCUGGAGAAAGCGAGGACGUUGUCACGACUCGUCGUCAGGAGUGGGCACAGCAGUGGGGUUACAUACCGGAAAAGUCAUUAGUUAUGCUACUCGCAAUAAAAUGUGUAGGGUUUGUGACGAAGCGGAGAAAAAGAAUAAAGAAGCAGAAAGCCACGACUGUCGAAAAAACCACGAAGGAUCCUCGAAAAGUAUGGAGGCAAACGUAGCAGUCGAGCUUUUUUCAAGCGCCCCGAAAAGUGGAGUGAUUUACUCGACUUAUGUGGGAGAUGACGACAGCGUCACAGAAAACCAUCUCAAAACGCUGGUUAACUACGACAUUGAUAAAUGGAGUGAUGUGAAUCAUGCAAGUCGUACACUGGGAACGAGAUUAUACAUGGCUAAAGGAAAGAUUAAAGGGUUGACUCCUAACGUGAUAUCCUACAUCCAAAAGAGCUUCACCUACUGUGUUAACCAAAACAAGGGCCAGCCAUCCUCAUUACUCGAAGGGCUCACCUCUAUCGUACCACACGCGUUUGGCAAACACGAUAACUGCAGCAAUUCCUGGUGUGGAUACAAAAAGACCCUGAAGGCUACAAGCACGGAAGUCUUCCAGGAGGCAAGGACCUGACGGGCGAAGAUUUACGUGCAACCUUGGAAGAAGCUAUUCGACCAUUUCUUUCUCAUGACUCCGUGAAAAAGCUGGCCCCAGCGGGCUCAUCACAGAGAAAUGAAAGUGUAAACAGUUCCAUUGGCUCGAAAGCGCCGAAAAUAAGACAUUAUGGAGGCUCGCAAAGCAGCGACUUUAGAACCGCUGCAGGAAUAGCUCAGUUUAACAAAGGGAACAGAUAUCUGACAUUAGCCACGAAAAAA